AUGGCUCUUGCUCUGGCUCUGGCUCUGGCUCCGCCACCAGUUUUCUCAUUACGACCGACAAAUUUUACAAAAUCAAGGCGGUGUUGCCGAUGCAGCUCUACAAUCUCAAGGACUGACGACUCGCCAUCUUCCCCUCCCACCACCACCUCCUCCACUUGCCGCCCUGCUGUCAUUCUUCCAGGCUUAGGAAACAACACAAAUGACUAUCAGAAGUUGACUCUUAAUCUGAAAGAAUAUGGGGUUCCUACUGUAGUUGCAAAGGUUUCAAGAAUUGAUUGGUUGAGAAAUGCUGCUGGCUUGGUGGACCCAAAUUAUUGGCAAGGCACUCUGCGCCCUCGGCCGGUUCUUGACUGGUAUCUUAAGCGGGUCGAUGAGGCGGUGAAUGAAGCAAAGGAAUUAGCCCAAGGUGCAAACAUAUCUUUGGUUGGGCACUCAGCAGGAGGAUGGCUGGCACGUGUGUACUUACAAGAAUUCGAGCCAUCAGAUAUUUCCUUGCUAUUGACUUUAGGAACCCCACAUCUUCCCCCACCAAAAGGUGUAUCAGGAGUGAUAGAUCAAACAAGAGGGCUCUUGAAUUAUGUCGAACAGCAUUGUGCAAAAGCUGUUUAUACUCCCGAACUAAGAUAUGUUUGCGUAGCAGGAAGGUACCUGCAAGGGGCUCGCUUAAUUGGUGAUACUAAUGACGGUGGUUCUGCAGUCGUGGUUGACAUUGACCAGCCAGCUGCUGAUAUUGCUGUUGUGAAUGGGACUACCACAUCAACACCAGCAGCUGCUACAUUGCGUGCUCGUUUUGUUGGUCAAGGGUACAAGCAGGUUUGUGGGCAAGCAGAUGUAUGGGGGGACGGGGUCGUGCCAGAAAUUUCUGCACAUCUAGAAGGCGCUCUCAACAUUAGUCUGGACGGAGUUUACCACUCUCCCGUUGGUUCAGAUGACACUACAAGGCCAUGGUAUGGCUCUCCUGCCAUCGUUGAGCAAUGGAUACACCACCUCGUUAACUAA